CAUGUCUCACACCAAUUUACUGGUCCAGCCUACCAAGAGGCCAGAAGGCAGAACUUAUGCUGACUGUAAAUCUGUGAAUGAAUGCAUGGAAGGUGUUUGUAAAAUGUACAAAGAACAUCUGAAGAGAAUGAACCCCAAUAGCCCCUCUAUCACAUAUGAUAUCUGUCAGUUGUUUGAUUUUAUCGAUGAUCUGGCAGACCUCAGCUGCCUUGUUUACCGAGCUGAUACUCAGACAUACCAGCCUUACAACAAAGACUGGAUUAAAGAGAAGAUCUGCGUGCUUCUUCGUCAGCAGGCCCAGCAGGCCAGGAAAUAAUUGAGAUGGAAGCAUUAGGGGGAUGGGAGUAGGCUUGGAAUACAGGUGUGUACAGCAAACUCUAGUAGAUGUUUUGUAUUCUAAUAAUCUUGUUUCCAUUGGUACAGUCUAGCCAGGGUUGAAUGUAUUGAAU